AUAAAGACAAGUCCUUUUGACUCACUGAGGACACGUGACCAACAAGAUAGGUCUAGACUUCUGUAGAACUGCCACGUCUUGGCCAGGUGGCAGGUUUCAAGACCAUGGCUUGAGGGUAUAAAUUAGUUUUGGUGUGGACAGAGAGGAAAAUGAGUUUAUCAUCAACAAUGUCGGGAGCACAAGGAGCAGAGCCGAUGGGGUCAAGAACGGCGACAACGUAUGAGUCGGUGGAAGGAGGACAGAACAAGACGAAGCUUGAUAUAAAGUCAAAGGAAGACGAAGGUGGGAUUCAAGUUGACAAGCUUCAAGACAAGGUCUCUGAUGCUGCUGGUCUUGGCGGACCUGUCUUUGGUGCUGGUAAAGAUGACAAGAAGCAGGAUCUUGGUGUUACCGGCACCGGCUAGAUCUCUGUCCUUUGUAGUCAUGUAAUGUUAAGACAUGUUUUUAAGUAAAAAACUAAUCAAUAAAAGUCUUUUUGAGAAAACGAUGAAACU